GGGAAGAAACCGCGGCUUCCUGGACUGGGGCACCGGGGACCCCAGCAAGGAAGCCCUAGCUAGGUCUCCCGUCCCAGUCCUGGCAGCCGGAUGGGAAGGGCUGGCCCCGGGAAAGCUGGGCCUGCCCUGGGCACCACUUUGGGGCACUGGGAUGAACUGCAUCACAGGCGCGUGUCCUGCUGAGGGCGGGGUGUGGAGGGGGCAGGUCCCACGGGAGCUGCCGGCUCUGACAUGGCUGUCCCGACAGGUGGGGAAGAUGACCAGCAGUGACCCCGACCGGCCCCAGUUCCUGUUCGUGAAGGCGCUGGCCAGCCGGGGCCGCGCAGAGGCCGUGACACAGCAGAUGGGCUACCACCCGCAGUACCUGGACAGCUUCCUCAAGACACAGCACUACCUGCUGCACAUGGACGGCCCGCUGCCCUUCGCCUGCCGGCACUACAUCGCCAUCAUGGCAGCUGCCCGGCACCAGUGCCACUACCUGGUGAAUCUGCACGUGCUGCAGUUCCUGCGCAUGGGGGGGGACGCCCAGUGGCUGCAGGGCCUGGCCUUCACCCCCCCCAAGCUCCGCAACCUUAAUGAGAUCAACAAGAUCCUGGCGCACCGGCCCUGGCUGGUCAGCAAGGAGCACAUCGAGAAGCUUCUGAAGAUCAGUGAGCAGAGCUGGUCUCUGGCCGAGCUGGUCCAUGCCGUGGUGCUCCUGGCGCACUGCCACGCGCUGGCCAGCUUCGUCUUCGGGUGCGGCUGCGGGCAGGACGAGCGGCCGGAUGGCUGGGCUGUGCCAGCACCCACCUCACCCGGGAACCAGUGCUUCUGCGAGGCUGGCAGUGGCAAUGGCUGUAGCCAGGAGCUGUUGCGCAUCAACCGCAAGCGGUCCCUGGACUCCUGCGUGGAGCUGGGGUCGCUGCGGGACCGUGCCCAGAAGAUUCACCCAGAGGCCGAGGGCAGGGAGGAGACGAGGCUGCCCCAGCCAGACAGGGAGGAAGACUUGCACGGGGAAGCUGUCAGCACCGCAGACCUCUCCUGCUACCUGCAGGACCCCGACUUCGCGUACCAGGACUUUGCCCGGCGCGACGAGGAUCACACACAGAUCUUCAGAGUCCAGGACUACUCCUGGGAGGACCAUGGCUUCUCGCUGGUGAACAGGCUCUACUCCGACAUCGGGCACCUCCUGGAUGAGAAGUUCCGCACCGUGGACGGGCUGCGCGGCAGUGUCAUGGCCAAGCGGCAGGGCUGCGAGCCCUCGGCCUUUAAGCGCGGCAUCUGGAACUACAUUCACUGCAUGUUCGGGAUCAGGUACGACGACUACGACUAUGCCGAAGUGAACCAGCUCCUGGAGCGGGCGCUCAAGGCGUACAUCAAAACUGUGACGUGCUACCCCGAGAAGACAAACCCUGAGACGUUUGACCGCUUCUGGAAGCAGUUCAAGCACAGUGAGAAGGUCCACGUGAACCUGCUCAUCCUGGAAGCCCGGAUGCAGGCGGAGCUGCUGUAUGCGCUGCGCGCCAUCACCCAGUACAUGAUCUAGCUGGACCGGCGCCCACCCGCGCAAAUGGCUGGCCAGCGCGGGGCAGGGCACACUGUCUGCUCCGGUUACCAGACUGACUUUCCUUUUCCCUGUGGGCCACAGUGCGUGGCCCGUGAUGUGCAAUGACCAAGCUGUAAGGAGAGUCCCGGCUGCGGCAGGGAGGGCUGCCAAAGCUGCACCCCAUCCUCCAGGGCUGCUGGAGCCAGUUCCGACGGGCAGCAACAGGCCAGGCCGAGAGCCAGGCCCUCCCACUGUGCUGAUCUGGUGCCUCCCUGGCGACGAAGCUUCUUCCUGCGGAACAUCGUGGGCAUGGGGCCAGGCGGUGGGCACGCUGCGGCCAGUGGCAGGGGAGAGGCUGGCUCCAAUCUGCUUCGGGGAGCUCAGCCCCUCCCAAGCCUUGGGCUGGGCGGCAGGCCGCCCCCUCCCUCCCCUGCCAGUGCAGCCCCCUGCCCUCACUCCUGUGCCAAACCCUUCUUGGGGCAGAGGGAGCUGCUGGCCAGGCCUACUCCACACUGAGCCCGUGGCUGGGGAGCGGCUGGCACUGCCCCGUCCCAGGGCAGGCAGGGAGGGUGGCUGCGGUUCCCAGUGGAGGCUGCAGCAGGGGAGAAACUGAGGGUCCCUUCUGCAGGUUUCUGCUGCACUUCCUUGGUGCUGAGAGGCAGAGGGCGAGUGCAGGAUCAGGGAGGGCACAUUCUCCUGGGAGCUGGGCCUGGGCCUGGGCCUGGCUGGCUGCUCAGUGCCAGUGUGAGGCCUGCUCCUGCCUGGAUGAGCCCUGAGAACUGAGGCAAGUGGGACCACCAGCCAGGGGCGGUGCAGGGCAGCCCAGAGCUGUCCAGCCCCUCUGCCACAGACAUGUCCCCUCUUCGGUCAGGUGCUGCUCUGGGCCCCCAGCUUGGCUCCAGGGGCACUGGCCAGGUCCUGCCCCUGGAGUGUGAGGGAGGGCGGCAAGGCCCACCUGCGCGCUGCUUCAGUCAACCUGUUUACUGCGUACGUGAGUGAAGAAAACUGCGUGUCUGGAAGCUACAGAAAAAGCCUAUUUUUGCUAUAAAUAUCAUUAUGUUUGACAUGG